AUGGCCCUGGAUCGGGCGAAGCCUAUCCCGGUCACAGUCUUCUCAGAUAGCCAGGCAGCCAUUCAAGCUGUGCGCAACCCUGGCCGGCCAUCGGGCCAGUACGCACUGCGGGCUAUCUACGGGAGGAUCAGGGCCCUGCGGAACGAGGGCCUGGAGGAUGCUGAACUGCGUUGGAUCCCCGCUCACAUCGGGGUAGAAGGAAACGAAAAGGCGGACAAGGUAGCCAAGGAAGCUGCGAUAAGAGGACUUGAACCAAGCUUAGUGAGGCCGCGGGAUCGACCGAUUAUACGGCUCGCAGCUGCAGCUAAAAGAGAUGUCCGCCAACGUUUAC